AUAUGCACUUAAAACUUGUAUCACUCCCCCGGAAAAGAAGGGGAAAGGGCCCCCAAAAGAAACCAAGCCAAGAAGGGGAAAAAUGUGGAGUGUAAGCAGAAGCUCAUUGACUACAUUUCCCUCCUUCAUAUCCUCUCUCAACAAAUUCACCUCCUUUUCAUCAACUCCCAAGCUCCUUCGCAUGGCUUCUUCCUCUUCCAACAACAAUAACAACCCAGAUAAUGCUUCUGUUUCUCCCUCUUCUGCUAUCGACUUUCUCACACUAUGCCAUCGUCUCAAGACAACGAAAAGGGCAGGGUGGGUGAAGAGAGAGGUUCAAAACCCAGAAUCAAUUUCUGACCAUAUGUAUCGUAUGGGUUUAAUGGCUCUCAUUUCUGCUGAUAUUCCUGGUGUUAAUCGUGAUAAGUGUGUGAAGAUGGCUAUUGUCCAUGAUAUGGCUGAAGCAAUUGUAGGUGAUAUUACUCCUUGUGAUGGGAUUUCCAAGACAGAAAAGAGCCGUAGAGAAAGGGAAGCACUUGACCAUAUGUGCAAUCUCCUUGGCGGAGGAUCAAGAGCCAAAGAGAUACAUGAUUUAUGGAUGGAGUAUGAAGAAAGCUCAUCACUUGAAGCAAAAAUUGUCAAGGACUUCGACAAAGUUGAGAUGAUACUUCAGGCAUUGGAGUAUGAAAAAGAACAAGGGAAGGAUUUGGAGGAGUUUUUUGAGUCCACUGCUGGGAAAUUCCAAACUGAUGUCGGCAAAGCAUGGGCAUUGGAGAUAGCGUCAAGAAGAACAAAACACUAGUAACUUACAGCAGCAUCUUUUUACAGCCUGCUUGAAGCUUUGUAACACCUGAAGGUCUGACUCUCCCUGUCUGUUUAGAUUGUAUAGAUCUUAUGAGUCUGUUGGAAUCUCAGGAUGGUUUUUUUUCUAUAAAGUAAAAUAUGGUUUGUCAACCAGUCUUACCGCUUUUGCUAGAACUAACUCAUAGAUAACUCCAUCAACAUCGGUUGGCUUCCAGUUGAUUUUCGUCUUUCUGUAUCGAUAACGUUUUAGUGACUGAGAGAGUAUCUUGUUAUCGAAAUGAAGCGAGUUAUGUGCAUACUCU